AUGCAAAGAUGGUUCCUGGCUUUUGUGGAGGAGGCACUGGACGUGGAGAACAAGUGGAAGCACAGCAGCGACACACCGACGCUUCUCUCACAGUUCGAAAAGAUCAGCGACUGGUUGGAGCAGGUACAUCAUCAGAUCGUGGAGGAGGAGUGGACCAAGGAGAUGAUCAAGCGCUUGAAGCACAGGAUCGGUCACAACUUAAGACGAUUAAAAGAGUGGGGUCCUGUGCCUCCGAGAACUCAGUCUCGUCGGUCUCAUCAGUGA